UAUUUUUAGAUGUACAUACACAUAACAAGCACCCACCCAAUUGCCCCAAAAAAGAGUGAAAGAAAGCUACCUUCGGCUUUUUCUCUACUCUUCUCUUGUAAAUUAGAAGCCCAAAUUCAUUUACGAAAAACAGUGGAGGAAUCUAGCUGUUUAGGUUUCAGGGGAGUGCAAAAUGAACAAACUGCUGAUUGCUUCAGGUGGAUAAUAGAGAUAACUAAUAGAAAUGGGAGGCUGUUGCUGCUGUUCUUCUAAAGGAGUGGAACUGAGUAGUUCACCACCAUUCUAUCAUUACCCAAGAGUGUCAGAAGAGCGUGAGCCCUUGUCAUCUCAGCAUGUCCCAUCCUCUGCACUCUCUACAGGACUCUUAGUUAAUACCAAUUUGGAAACUUCGUUCCCUGACACUUACAGACCACCUCCUGCACCAAUACCAUUUAAUGCAAAUCUAGGACUUCCCCAAACUGCACUGGGCAAUCGUGAAAAUUGCGGCAACAAGAGUGAUACGGUUGUGCCGACAACGAAUACCGAGUCUAAUGAACUAACAGAUAGUGGCAACACUUUCGAAACAUCAGAAAAAGACUUGAAGGAAUCCGACUGCAAGGGAAAAACUGAUACUGAACUUGUUUCAUCAAAAGAACUGGCAGUUGAACUUGAGAAGUCUGGUGAACUUAAAAAGUCCACUGAAACUCCUAUUUCAGCACCGGAGGAAGAGGAGGUUUGUCCUACCUGUCUUGAAGAAUAUGACACUGAGAAUCCAAAAAUUAUUACAAAAUGUGAACAUCAUUUUCACCUUUCAUGCAUUCUUGAAUGGAUGGAAAGAAGCGACACUUGUCCUGUUUGCGAUCAGGAAAUGAUAUACAGUCCUGGUGAUAGCUAGCUAUCUGCAACUGUGCAAUCAACUUCAUAGCUUUUCACGGUCCAACUUCAUAAAUCAGAAAUUUUGGAUGCAUGAUUGUCGUCGUUUUUACAGCGUUCAGUGGCAGCCUCAGGUUUAGCUGUAGUGUGGUCAUUUUGUUUGUUGUGAAGUAGACAUGUCUCUUAAAUGCAUUGUGUUUCUGGGCUCAUUUUAUUUGAACUUGAAAGGAAGAAGAAAAGAAAAGAAAAAGGCAACAAAAAUGAAGUAAAUCAAGUUUGUCAUAACGCAAUUCCCCUGGCCCAUUUUCUGUAUAUUCAUCCCGGGUUUAUAUGGGUGGAAAUGGGAUGCAAGCGUAGGUACUUCAGUGCCAAACAGUAGAAGCCUCGACACACUCAACCUAAAUGGAUACAAUACACAUCAAGCCCUACCGUAGUGGAUAAUAUGCAAGUCCCUACGUACUUCAUAGUACAUAUAUUUUUUGUUAUAUAGUUUGGUGUUCAUCUCUCUCA